AUGGUGAAUAUAGAUCUCUAUCAAAACUACUUGGUCGGUUCCAUUCCAAGUGAGAUAACGAUGCUUAAAAAGUUGAUUGGGUUGAAUUUGUCCCACGACAAUCUAACAGGGAUAAUUCCGGCUGAAAUAGGAGAAGUUGAAUCGUUGGAAUCACUUGAUUUAUCUUUCAAUCAACUUUCCGGGCCAAUUCCGAGGAGCAUAUCAAGAUUAAAUUCAUUAGGCGUGUUGAAACUAUCUCACAACAAUCUCUCUGAAGAGAUUCCUCGAGAGGGUCAUCUUUCCACAUCCAAUGAGGCUUCAAGUUUUGGUAACAAUCCUAAUCUUUGUGGAGAUCCGCUUCCAAAGAAGUGUACAAUUGAGAAUCCAUUUGAGCGGUCAUCUACAAAUAUGGAGAAUCAAGAUGAAGAGGAGGAUAAAUGGGAGAAGUGGUUGCUUUACAUAAUGAUAAUACUUGGAUUGGUUAGGAAAAUUAAAAAUUUGCAGUCCCUUUCCCUUUCUACAAGCCUCAUUUAUGGUUCAAUUCCUACCUCACUUGGCAAUUUAUCCAACUUUAAAGAUUUAGAUGUUUCAAACAAUGCUCUAAUCGGAGCAAAUCCUACUUCAUUUGGUAGAUUAUUAAAUUUGAAAAAAUUGUAUCUUGGACAGAAUAGAUUGGAGGAGUUGGAGGAGGAAUGUUUUAUCCAACUUGAAAAUUUGGAAACUUUCGUUCUUGAAGAAGCUCAUUUUGACAAUCUCUCUCGGUUGAAUUCUUUAUUAAUUGCCGACAAUGAGCAUCUUUCAUUGGAAAUGACAUCUAAUUGGGUUCCUGCUUUUCAAUUAAACCAUUUUGAUGCAGGUUCAUGUAUUGGUUAUUUUGGAAGUGAGUUCCCUCCAUGGCUUCGAACACAAAAGACAUUAGUUAAUUUGUGGUUGUCCAAUACAAGUAUUUCGAGUGCUUUUCCAAGGUGGUUGAGAACUCAAAAUCUCACCACUUUGGAUCUUUCCUACAACCAAAUUGUGGGGCCAAUUCCUACAAGUAUUAGGGCACAAAUGCCCAAUUUAGAGAACUUGUAUCUCAAUGAUAAUCUUAUCAAUGAUUCUUUACCGCUCUCACUUUGCAAGUUGAAGAAUGGUGCAAGGUUGUUUGUGUUGUCUUCAAAUUUGAUACUUUUGGAUUUAUCUUCGAACAAUUUUUCAGGAAAAUUUCCAUAUUCACAUGGAAAUCUUUUGGGUGUUCAAAUGUUGAACUUGGAAAACAACUCUGAGGGAUCCAUGCCAAGUGUCAUGAAGAAUGCUAGAGAUUUAAAUUUUUUAAAUCUUGGCAGAAAUAAAUUCUACGAAACAUCCCUACAUGGGUAG